AUGGCCUCGAUCGCGCGCCAGAACCCCCUCCUCCGGCAGUCUUGCCUGUCUGCUUUCCGCGCUCCCUGGGCGACCAAGAAUGUCGCGCAGGCCGUGGCCUUCCACGCCUCAGCGAAGAAGCAGAUCCUGCCGCCUCUGCCUCAGUCGAUUCAGGGAACGAUGAACGACCCUGCUCCUAUCCCCGAGUCUCACCCGACGGAGGGUAGCUACCACUGGACCUUCGAGAGACUCGUGUCUGCCUCUCUCGUGCCCCUCUGCAUCGCUCCCUUUGCCGCUGGCUCCAUGAGCCCCGUCAUGGACGCCGUCAUCUGCUCCGCCAUCGUCGUCCACUCCCACAUUGGUUUUCACGCCUCCAUCACCGACUACUUCCCCACCCGCCGUGUUCCCAAGACCCACACCUUCAUGAACUGGCUGCUGCGUGCCUUCACCCUCGGCACGGCGGUCGGUCUGUACGAGUUCGAGACGAACGACGUCGGUGUCACGGAGGCUCUCCGCCGGGUGUGGAAGGCAUAG